AAACGACCUGCGCGAUGCGCUCCAAGGUGGGAUGCAGCGACGGACGGCCGCGCGCGGUCGGCGGAAGCGACGACGGACAGCCGCACGCGACGGCGGCGAAAUCGGCGAUGGACAGCCGCACGCGGCGGCGGUGGAAUCAGCGACGGACAGCCGCACGCAACGGCGGAAUCGGCGGCGGCUGAAGCUUGGAGGACAAGAAACCACAAAGUGUGGUGCUCUCCGAUUGGCCACAAUGUGGACCAAUGGGGGAGGUUGCUAGGAACGGGCGAGCUGAAGGAGGUGCUGGGGAAGGACUGGAUCGACCGGCAGCGGCGCAUUGUGCAGCAGCAUGCGGCGGCGUACCAGCGGACGUCGUGGAACAAGAUUUUUGGCCUGUUGACGUCACAAGGAUUGUCAGCGGACGGCAAGGAGGGCAGUGUGAGCCGCAAUGCGCUCAAAGAGAGGUUCCGCGUGUUCAACGCCACCUUUGAGGAGCUGCACCGCUCGCAGUGCGUGUGGAAGAUCCCCGACCCCGAGCUGCGGUCCGCUGUGCAGCUGCAGAUCGCCGAGGUGCUGCUGCCCGCCUACCGCUCCUUCGUGCAGCGCUACACCCCUGUGCUGGAGAGCGGCGGUCGCUUUGGGCGCAGCAGCGAGGCGGCCUCCAAGUACAUUCGCUUCAGCGAGGAGAGCCUCGACUCGCUCUUGAACGAGUUCUUCCAGGGCAGGGAGAGCCGCAACAUCCUCCUCACGCAGCCAUCUGCUGCUCGGUAGAUGCAGAGGGGCGUCGUAAGGGGGUGCUAAAUCCGGCGGCUAAAGCGAUGGCUGUUGCUGUCAAACAUGUGGAUCUGUUAUGUUUGCAAGGACUGUAUAGGGUCACCUCUUAGAGGGUACAACACUUAGGUAUAUUCACUUGUACUCUCUCACUACUCAAUCAAUUACUCAGUUUAAG